CCCAUUGUGUAGAGGACGCGUUAUUUUUUAGCCCUAUCUUUAUAUACCUAAUCACGACACUUAAUCUUAUCACGCCAACCCAUCUUUAGCGACCAGACCAUCUUCCAUUCACCACCAUGCUACCGUUCGUGCUGUUCCUACUAUUCGCUGCUGUGGAGGCGAGGCUCCGUUUGGACCCUUUGGUCGACACUAAGCAGGGCCUGAUAAAGGGAUUACGAGCUGACGAUGGAGACUAUUCCAUGUUCCUGGGCAUUCCCUACGCUGUGGUCGAUGGCGAUAAUCCUUUUGGGGUAGCACAACCGCACCCUCAAUUCGAAGAAGUCUUCGAGGCGUACGACGACUCAGCCAUAUGUCCCCAAGUCGAGGAGUUCGACCACUCCAUUGUUGGUACAUUAGACUGCUUACACUUGAACAUUUACGUUCCAAACAAGGCCAGUUCCCGACACCGUAUGCCCGUACUCGUCUGGAUACAUGGCGGUGGCUUCGAGAUUGGAUUCUCUGGCCGAUAUCUAUAUGGUCCAAAGUACAUAGUGCGCAAUGACGUCAUUCUAGUAACCUUAAACUACCGUUUAGGUCCGUAUGGUUUCAUGUGCUUGGACACGCCAGAUGUACCAGGCAAUCAGGGCUUGAAGGAUCAAGUAUUAGCGCUAAAAUGGAUCAAGGCGAAUAUCGAAGAGUUUGGUGGUGAUAUCAAUAAGAUUACUGUGUUCGGAGAAAGCGCUGGCGCUGCGUCUGUUGAAUACCAUUUGGUAUCGAACAAUGAGAGGCUUUUCAACCAGGCUAUAUUGCAAAGCGGGUCUGUGUACAGCGGUUGGUCUAUCAAAGACUCUGAUAGUUCUGUACCGUCUAAACUGGCCAAACAGCUCGGCUUCGAAACCGACAGUAUUGACGAAGCAUUAGCCUUCUUGAAGAAGACAGACGUGAAACUAGUCAUAGCUGCUGCGAACGAAAUAUCUCUUAAAUUCCGUCCUUGCGUCGAACACGAGUUCGAAGGUGUCGAGAGCUUCCUGACACGCCAUCCCGUGAACGUAGAACAAGUAGCUAAAGCCAAGAACAUGGCCAUACUGAGCGGUUACAAUAACCACGAGUAUCUACUCCAAUACGUGGAAAAACCAGAAGAGUACUACACUACCAACGAUCCGUUCGACGCUUUGCUACCCUUAAUCUUCAACGUGGAAGACUUGAACGGCCGAGAGCAGCUGGUCCGCCGUUUCUACAUCGGAGAUAACGCAAUCAGCCAGCAAAUGAAGUGGAACAUAAUCAAUUUCUACUCCGACUUCUCCAUCAAUCAUCCCGUGCAACGCAGCGUGGAAAGAUUUAUCAACAGCAACGCUAAGAAGGUGUACCACUACAUAUUUUCGUAUAAUGGCGGUCGGAACUUUGUGAAGAAGCGUGCCAACGUCACUAUUGGAGGAGCGGCUCAUGCUGACGAGUUGGGAUAUCUGUUCGACAUGACUAUCUUUGAUAAGGACGUGAGUGAAGAAGACCAGCUCAUCGUGGACAGGAUUACUGAAUUGUGGACCAAUUUUGUUAAGCACGGCAACCCAACGCCAGAAACCUCCGACCUCAUCCCUACCAUCUGGCCAGCGGUCACAAAGGACAGUCUCAACUAUAUGAACAUCAACACUAUGGUUCAUUUGGGUACUAGGCCUUAUUCUAACCGUCUCGCGUUCUGGGACCUUUUCUACGACACGAAUAAACAAGCUGUACGGGGUUAUGAUAAUUGAAGACUGCAGAUUCUGGCAUUGAGAAUAAGAAGCUGAUAAAGUCAGGAUGAAUUUAGAGUCAUUGGUAUUUAAAAUUGUUUUCUUAAAGUAUACUAGCUGAUAAAGACUUGAUGCAAUUUGACAUCAACAUUGUUGGAUUUUCAAACAUAUACAGGGUGUCCCACUGUUGGUAUACUAAGCUCAAAGGAGGGUUAUAGUUUUGCAUACGCUGAGUACGUAAAAAAUACUUAUAAAAUUCCAGACACAUUUGUUUUUUUAAAUAUGAAUUCUUAACUCUUUGUACCACCCCUAACAAGCAUUCCGCCCAAUUUUGCCACCCGCACGUGAGCUAUUGUUUAAGAUUAUGUUUUCAUAGACAGAAUGCUCACAGUAGCGAAGCAGUAUAUGCCGGCUGCGCGAAGCUAGAGAAGAAAAC